AUGGCGGCGCGCGCGGAGCCGCCGCCGGCCGCGUUCGAGCGGCGCGUGCUGCGGAGCGCGGCCCGGCACCACUAUCUGCGCGUGCGCCUGGAGCUGCCCGACGGCGGGGCCCGGCCGAACGCCGCGCAGUUCAAGCAGUUGGUGGUGUCGGCGCUGAGGGAGCUGCACGGAGAGGUUGGAGCAGCUUUGCCUGUUGAUGUCUUAACAUAUGAGGAAAAAACUCUGUCUGCCAUAUUAAGAGUUAUUAGCAGUGGCCUUGUCAAGCUGUGGAGUGCUCUAACCUUGCUGGGCUUCUACCAGAACAGGAGGUGUGCCUUCCGGGUGCUGCAGACAUCUCCAUUUCUUCUCGCAUUAUCUGGCAACAGCAGAGAACUAGUCCUAGACUGAAUGCGGUUGUUGGUUUGGUUGUACGAAGCAGAAGUUUCUGGAGAUGUUGCAGCCCUUCAGGCGAGGAAUUUCUGGAGGAAUGUUCCGACGAAGAGCCUUGACAAAGCUAACGUUUAUCAACUCACUGCUUGGACAUCCAGUACUUCAAAGUUUACACAUAAAAGUUGGAGACAAAGCUGAACUUACCAAAGCUUUUACACAGAAUGAUGUUGUUACUUUUUCCUACUUAACAGGUGACACAAAUCCUUUGCAUUUAAAUGAAGAGUUUGCAAAGAAGUCUAGGUUUGGGAGAACUGUUGUACAUGGAGUUCUGAUCAAUGGACUUAUUUCUGCAGUUCUAGGUACUAAAAUGCCUGGUCAAGGGUGUAUAUUUCUCUCCCAGGAGAUCCGGUUUCCAGCUCCUUUGUAUAUUGGUGAAGAAGUCACAGCUGCAGCAGAAGUGAAACGGCUGAAGGGUUCUAUUGCACACAUUUCAGUAUCAUGUCAGGUCAGAGAAAGUGGGAAGACUGUUAUGGAAGGGAUGGUGAAAGUCAUGGUGCCGGACAGUUAGAGCUGUUCAGCCUGUGCUACUUUACUGUAAAGGCCAGAAAUUCUUGGUUUUGAUUUUGUCUUUUUACGUGACAUCACUCAAUCCAGUAAAUUUGCAACAAAAAAUGCUUGAAAGACAGUGUACAAACUUAAUCCUGAUAGAGCUGCAUUAAGCUUAAAACUUUUCAUUUUCCUCUAUGUAUUGUCAAAGUGAAACCAGCAGAACUACGUACUUACUGUGACAAAAGAGGAAAAGUGGCUUAGACAAGCCAUUGCUCUGCUACAGUGGGAA